AUGCUCUGCCAGGCCCAGGCUCCUCUGGAGAGGCCUGGGAGCCCCAUUCGCUGUGGGGGACACGCUGACAAUCAGGGGAAGCCAGGGGUGCCGCUGGCCGAGAGGACCCCGCAGCUGACCGGGGACGUGCCCCUGAGCAUCACAGCAGAUGAGAGGAGGAGGGAGCGAGGGGAGGAGCCAGAUGAUGUGGCCCCCUAUUUCAAGACGGAGCCGGUGCGAACGCAGGUGCACUUGGAGGGGAACCGCCUGGUGCUCACGUGCAUGGCCGAGGGCAGCUGGCCGCUGGAAUUCAAGUGGCUCCACAACAGCAGGGAGCUGACCAAGUUCUCGCUGGAGUACAGGUACAUGAUCACCAGCCUGGACCGCACCCACGCGGGCUUCUACCGCUGCAUCGUGCGUAACCGGAUGGGCGCCCUGCUGCAGCGGCAAACCGAGGUCCAGGUGGCCUACAUGGGGAGCUUUGAGGAAGGCGAGAAGUACCAGAGUGUCUCCCACGGAGAAGCAGCCGUCAUCCGCGCCCCACGCAUCGCCAGCUUCCCGCGGCCACAGGUGACCUGGUUCCGGGACGGCCGCAAGAUCCCGCCCAGCAGCCGCAUAGCCAUCACCCUGGAGAACACCCUCGUCAUCCUGUCCACGGUGGCUCCCGACGCAGGCCGCUACUACGUGCAGGCUGUUAAUGACAAGAACGGGGAUAACAAGACCAGCCAGCCCAUCGCUCUUGCCGUGGAGAAUGUCGGGGGACCUGCAGACCCCAUCGCCCCAACCAUCAUCAUUCCUCCCAAGAACACCAGCGUGGUGGCCGGGACCUCGGAGGUGACCAUGGAGUGCGUGGCCAAUGCCAGGCCCCUGAUCAAGCUGCACAUCAUCUGGAAGAAAGAUGGGGUGCCGCUGUCGGGGGGCAUCAGCGACUACAACCGCCGGCUUACCAUCCCGGGCCCCACGGGCAGUGACGCCGGCUACUACGAGUGCGAGGCCGCCCUGCGCAGCAGCAGCAUCCCCUCUGUCGUCCGUGGAGCUUACUUGUCUGUGCUGGAACCUCCCCAGUUUGUCAAGGAGCCAGACAGACACAUCACAGCAGAGAUGGAGAAAGUGAUGGACAUUCCCUGUCGGGCCAAAGGUGUGCCACCGCCCUCCAUCAUCUGGUACAAGGAUGCGGCCGUGGUGGAGGUGGGGAGGCUGAACCGGUUCCGGCAGCGCAGCGACGGGGGCCUGCAGAUCAGCGGGCUGGUGCCCGACGACACCGGCAUGUUCCAGUGUUUUGCCCGCAACGCGGCCGGCGAGGUGCAGACCUCUACCUACCUGGCCGUCACCAGCAUCGCCCCCAACAUCACCAGGGGCCCCUUGGACAGCACAGUGAUCGAUGGCAUGUCAGUCGUGCUGGCUUGCGAGACUUCAGGAGCGCCCCGGCCGGCCAUCACUUGGCAGAAAGCUCUCAGGUACGUCUGGGAGAAGGAUGGGGCCACCCUGGGCAUGGAGAGCAACCCCCGCAUCCGUCUCGACAAAAACGGCUCCCUGCACAUCUCGCAGACGUGGUCAGGGGACAUCGGCACCUACACCUGCCGGGUGCUCUCAGCCGGGGGCAAUGACUCUCGAAGUGCCCACCUGCGCGUCAGGCAGCUGCCCCACGCCCCCGAGCGCCCUGUGGCGACCCUCAGCACAGCGGAGAGGCGGGCCAUCAACCUGACGUGGGCCAAGCCCUUCGACGGCAACAGUCCCCUGCUUCGCUACGUCCUGGAGAUGUCGGAGAACAAUGCCCCCUGGACCGUGCUCCUGGCCAGCGUGGACCCCGAGGCUACCUCCGUGAUGGUCAAGGGCUUGGUGCCCGCACGCUCCUACCAGUUCCGUCUUUGUGCCGUCAAUGACGUGGGGAAGGGACAGUUCAGCAAGGACACGGAGAGGAUCUCCCUUCCCGAGGAACCCCCCACGGCCCCUCCACAGAACGUCAUCGCCAGCGGCCGGACCAACCAGUCCAUCAUGAUCCAGUGGCAGCCGCCUCCGGAGAGCCACCAGAAUGGCCUUCUCAAGGGCUACAUCAUUAGGUACUGCCUGGCCGGGCUGCCUGUCGGGUAUCAGUUCAAGAACAUCACGGAUGCCGAUGUCAACAACCUGCUGUUGGAGGACCUCAUCAUCUGGACCAACUACGAGAUCGAGGUGGCCGCCUACAACAGUGCCGGGCUGGGUGUCUACAGCAGCAAAGUCACCGAGUGGACACUGCAGGGAGACUGUGGGAGAGUGCUCGGCCUCUUCUGGAACGUUCUUGCUGCCCUGCCUGAAUUGCCGGCCUCUCCCCAGCUGAUUGCCUGGGAGCCUGAGCAGGAAGAAGAGGUUACCAUGGUGACUGCCCGGCCCAACUUUCAAGACAGCAUCCACGUGGGCUUCGUGUCUGGACUGAAGAAGUUCACCGAGUACUUCACCUCUGUGCUGUGUUUCACCACUCCCGGAGAUGGGCCUCGGAGCACCCCGCAGCUGGUGCGCACCCAUGAGGACGUGCCUGGACCUGUGGGACACCUGAGCUUCAGUGAAAUCCUAGACACCUCGCUGAAGGUCAGCUGGCAAGAGCCAGGAGAGAAGAAUGGCAUCCUCACAGGGUACCGGAUCUCCUGGGAGGAAUAUAACCGAACCAACACCCGAGUGACCCACUAUCUACCCAACGUGACCCUGGAGUACCGCGUCACGGGCCUCACUGCGCUCACCACCUACACCAUCGAGGUGGCCGCCAUGACUGCCAAGGGCCAGGGCCAAGUGUCUGCGUCAACCAUCUCUUCCGGGGUGCCUCCAGUUUCCCCAUCUGUAUCUAUGGGAGGUGGACUCGAGAUCCACGUGGUCCUGGCUGGAUCUGUAGGCGUGGUUGGGGAGGGAGAAGAGUGGCUGCUGGUUCACCAGCUCACCAACGAGCCUGACGCCCGGUCCAUGGAGGUGCCCGAGCUCAACCCCUUCACCUACUACAGCUUCCGAAUGCGCCAGGUGAACAUCGUGGGCACUAGCCCACCCAGCCAGCCUUCUAGAAAGAUCCAGACCCUCCAGGCACCCCCUGACAUGGCGCCUGCCAACGUGACCCUGCGCACGGCCAGUGAGACCAGCCUGUGGCUCCGCUGGAUGCCUCUCCCAGAGAUGGAAUACAACGGGAACCCCGAGUCGGUAGGCUACAAGAUCAAGUACAGCCGGGCAGACGGCCACGGCAAGACGCUGAGCCACGUGGUCCAGGACCGCGUGGAGCGCGAGUACACCAUCGAAGACCUGGAGGAGUGGACAGAGUACCGCGUGCAGGUCCAGGCCUUCAACGCCAUCGGGAGCGGGCCCUGGAGCCAGACGGUGAUGGGCAGGACCCGGGAGUCAGUCCCAUCCUCUGGUCCCACCAAUGUGUCUGCACUGGCCACCACCUCCAGCAGCAUGCUGGUGCGCUGGAAUGAGAUCCCCGAGGCCGACCGCAAUGGGCUCGUGCUAGGUUACAAGGUGAUGUAUAAGGAGAAGGACUCGGACUCCCAGCCCCGCUUCUGGCUGGUGGAAGGGAACUCGUCGCGCAGCGCCCAGCUCACAGGGCUGGGCAAAUACGUGCUGUACGAGGUCCAGGUGCUGGCCUUCACACGCAUCGGGGACGGCAGCCCCAGCCACCCUCCCAUCCUGGAGCGGACGCUGGAUGACGUCCCUGGACCGCCCAUGGGCAUCCUGUUCCCAGAGGUGAGGACCACAUCCGUGCGGCUGAUCUGGCAGCCCCCCGCUGCCCCCAAUGGCAUCAUUCUUGCUUACCAGGUGACACACCGGCUCAACGCCACCACGGCCAACACGGCCACAGUGGAGGUGCUCGCGCCCAGCGCCCGCCAGUACACGGCCACCGGCCUCAAGCCAGAGUCCGUCUACCUGUUCCGCAUCACUGCCCAGACCCGCAAGGGCUGGGGGGAGGCCGCCGAGGCCUUGGUGGUGACCACUGAGAAGAGAGACCGCCCACAGCCCCCCAGUAAGCCGGUGGUACAGCAGGAGGACGUGAAGGCCCGCAGCGUGCUGCUGUCCUGGGAGCCGGGAAGCGACGGGCUGUCCCCUGUGCGCUAUUACACUGUCCAGACCCGCGAGCUGCCCAGUGGCAGGUGGGCGUUGCACUCAGCCUCCGUGAGCCACAACGCCUCUGCUUUCGUGGUGGACAGACUCAAGCCCUUCACAUCCUACAAGUUCCGAGUGAAGGCGACCAAUGACAUUGGGGACAGCGAGUUCAGCGAGGAGUCGGAGCCGCUGACCACUCUGCAGGCCGCCCCCGAUGAGGCUCCCACCAUUGUCUCGGUGACACCCCACACCACCACCUCCGUGCUGAUCCGAUGGCAGAUAAUCGUCUCGGGUGGAGGCUCCUUCAAUCCCCUUCUGCAGAUGAGGACCCAGUUCUCAGGGAAGCGACACCAAUGGCCCCCGGUCACACAGCUAGUCAGUGGCAGGGUCAGGUUUAGUGCCCUUAGGUCUGCCAGUCCUGGAAUAGAAAAGUGCAUGGGGCUUCAGGGUCCCCAGAGUCUCCGUGAAAUGCGGUCACUGUCCGUGAAGGGAUUCCCGAUCGAGAAGCUAAACACAGCCAUGUACUCCAUGCGGAACCUGAGCCGGCCCAGCCUCACACAGUACGAGCUGGACAACCUGAACAAACACCGGCGAUAUGAGAUACGGAUGAGUGUGUACAAUGCCGUGGGUGAGGGGCCCUCGAGCCCCCCCCAGGAAGUCUUUGUCGGGGAAGCAGUGCCCACGGCAGCGCCCCGCAACGUGGCUGUCCACGGUGCCACGGCCACGCAGCUGGACGUGACAUGGGAGCCACCGCCGCUGGAGAGCCAGAAUGGAGACAUCCAGGGUUACAAGGGAGCCCAAUCCACCAAGACGUCAGCCCUCUGCGAAGUGUGCGUUCUAGCAGGAACCCGGCUACCUGUUGGCGUGCGCUACGACUCGGCCGUGUGCCCCUCGGGGGCCCGGGGUCAGCGCUCAGCCCUUGGUGCCAUCCAUGGAAGUGCCAGCCGGUGGUCGGCUGGCAAAGGUGCCCCGGGGCCACCUGGAGUGCCCAUCAUCGUGCGGUACAGCUCCGCCAUCGCCAUCCACUGGUCCAGCGGAGACCCCGGCAAAGGGCCCAUCACCCGCUACGUCAUAGAGGCCAGGCCAUCAGACGAGGGGCUAUGGGACAUCCUCAUCAAAGACAUCCCCAAGGAGGUGACCUCCUACACGUUCAGCAUGGACAUCCUGAAGCCGGGCGUGAGCUAUGACUUCCGGGUCAUCGCCGUCAACGACUACGGCUUCGGCACCCCCAGCAGCCCCUCCCAGUCUGUGCCAGCUCAGAAAGCCAACCCGUUCUACGAGGAGUGGUGGUUCCUGGUGGUCAUUGCCCUCGUCGGCCUCAUCUUCAUCCUGCUGCUGGUAUUCGUGCUCAUCAUCCGGGGCCAGAGCAAGAAGUAUGCCAAGAAGACCGACUCUGGGAACAAUGCCAAGUCUGGUGCCCUGGGCCAUGGGGAGAUGAUGAGCUUGGAUGAAAGCAGUUUCCCCGCCCUGGAACUCAACAACCGGAGGCUCUCCGUCAAGAACUCCUUCUGCCGGAAGAACGGCCUGUACACCAGAUCUCCUCCCCGGCCCAGCCCGGGCAGCCUCCACUACUCCGACGAGGACGUGACCAAGUACAACGACCUCAUCCCGGCAGAGAGCAGCAGCCUGACCGAGAAGCCCUCAGAAAUCUCCGACUCUCAGGGAAGCGACAGUGAGUACGAGGCCGACCCGACCCACCAGAAGGCCCACUCUUUCGUCAACCACUACAUCAGCGACCCCACCUACUACAACUCGUGGCGGAGGCAGCAGAAGGGGAUCUCCCGGGCCCAGGCGUACAGCUACACGGAGAGCGACUCUGGCGAGCCGGACCACACCACCAUCGCCAACAGCAGCAGCGCCCAGCAGGGCGGCCUCUUCCGGCCCAAGGCCAGUCGGACCCCAACGCCCCAA